GCCUGGAAUACAUGGGACAAGAAGUUCUCGAAGCGUUCGAAUCAAAGAUUGGGCAUCAUCCUUUUGUGCUGAAGAAUAUCCGCAUCUUUCAGAGCCUUGAGGAGUUGAUUGCGUCUCAUCCUCUCAAUCGACCCAAGGUCAUUUUUACCAGCUCUCAACAUCUGGACGGAGGGGAUGCCCGCGAGCUCUUCUUCCGCUUGUCCUCUGAACCCAAAACUUUGCUGUGGCUUGUUGGCGUGGCGCCAGCUGGCACUUUGGCGCGUCAGUUGCUAGAGGACUUCGUGCUGAACUACUGUCACGGCAAAGACUAUCGCUUGCAGCAAUAUUUGAAGUCUGCCCUGCCGGAUGAAGAGUUGCGCGCUUUUUACGAGAAGAUGCAGGAGCAGGCUUCUGAACCAGCGCCACCACCC